AUGAUGCAUCUGCAGCUCUACGCGCUUUUAAACAGUCCUCCGCCUACAUGUCCUCAUCAUCCUCCACUUCCGCCUCCACUCUCGUCAUUCUGCACUACCGGCUCAUCGCGGAACGUCCCUCACUCCCUCUACGGUUUUGCGCUAGGAGACCGCGGCAGACGUGUGGAUAGCGAUUUGUGUCUUGGCCGUCGCAUAGAAACUGCCACUGAAGAGCACUGGUCCGUAAUGGACAAAGAGUGUAGCAGGACUACGGAGGCUGACGCGGCCCACCGCCAGGGCAAGAGUCUGACCGUGGAAAGACGGCAAAAGGGGGAAUGUGGAGUUAGAGGUGAAGAGCACGAGCAGACGCUGCAGGCCUCCCCGUCGAGAACCUGCGGAGCAAGUGAUCAACUGUUUAAGUUCGGUUGCCAGCAAGACCCGCUGUUCCGUAUGAGAUAUCCCGAGCAAGGUGUCAAAGACAUAUGCGGCCGGUGUGCAAGUAUGCGGGACGGAACCGCCCACGGUGUGUAUUUCAAGUAUGCCGCUCUUGAUAUUGACUUCGACGCCCUCCUCAAAUUUCGCCUUGCGCUCAAACGGCACGGCCUCUUUGCCUUCUACAGAGAUGAGAGAAACAAACUGAACCUUCUUCAUGUCGAAGGUUAG